AUGAAGGUUGCUGUGAUUGGUGCUAAUGGUAAAGUCGGUAGACUCGUUUGUGACAAAUUAAAAAAGGUUGAUAAUUAUGAUCCGGUUGCUUUUGUUCGUACUGAAGAGCAAGUGAAAUAUUUCAAGAAUGAAGUUGGCAUUGACGUUACAUUAACCAGUGUUGAGGAUAGUACAGUUGGUCAGAUUGCCGAAGCUUUCAAAAAGCAUAAAAUUGAAGCUGUUGUAUUCAGUGCCGGAGCAGGUGGUAAGAGCAUUGAAAGAAUAUUUACAGUUGAUUUAGAUGGAUGCUGCAAAGUAGCAGACGCCUGCGAGGAGGCCAAUAUUUCCAGGUUCAUCGUAGUUUCUGCUAUAAAGGCAGAAGACCGUACUUUCUGGUAUGACACUGCUUUGCGUAAUUACUACAUUGCUAAAAACGCUGCAGAUCAUUACGUGAGAGGAACCAACCUAAACUAUACAAUCUUACAGCCAGGGAUGUUGGAAACCGGCAAGUCAACUGGUAAAUUAUGUACCUUGGAUCUUCUUGAGACAAAGAAAGAUUCAUUUUUCGCUAUUGACCGUGAUGAUGUUGCUGAAGUGAUUGUCAAAAUUCUUCAACAUGAUAAAGGAACGAUUUGCAAGACAAUCCCUUUGGCCAACGGUGGUCUAGCGAUAGAAGAUUUCUUGAAAACGCUAUAUGAAUGA